AUGGCAAAUAGUGACCCCAUCUACGACAAGGGAACUGCCUGUAGAAAGGAUGCUGAAUGUACCAUUGAGCCCAGUACACACUGCGACGCAACUACGGGUUUAUGCGAAGUGGCAGCAACGACAACCGCAGCGACAACAACCGCAGCUGCUACUACUGGAGUUACUACUGAAGCUAUGACCACGUCAGCUUCCUAUCGUGGCGAGCUGCCCACAGGUACCUAUUUGCAGAUUUCGAAUCAUUCGAACGAUUAG